GGCGCUAUUUAAUAUGAGUUAGCUGAGCAUCGUGAGCAAUCAGGCCGAGCGGGUCAGAGGCCGUGGGAAAUCCGUGGGGAGACACUCAGCGUCCAGCAUGCCUCCGUUUGAGAAAACCCAGCACCCCAAGCCCUUCAAACAGAGGAAGAGUUUCGCAACGAGAAAGCAGGAGGUGGCAGGAAUCCGGUCCAAGUUUCCAACCAAAGUCCCGGUGAUAAUUGAACGCUACAACAGAGAGAAAUAUCUGCCUCCUCUGGAUAAAACCAAGUUUCUCGUCCCACAAGAGCUAACCAUGACCCAGUUUGUGACCAUAAUUAGAAACCGCAUGACCUUAAUGCCGAGCCAGGCCUUCUACUUGCUCAUCAACAACUCUGGUAUCGCCAGCAUGUCCCUGACUAUGGCGCAGCUUUACAAAGACCAUAAAGAUGAAGAUGGCUUCCUUUACAUGACCUAUGCCUCUCAGGAAAUGUUCGGGUAUUGGGAUGAGGGACCACUGAGAUAGAAUAUGUAGAAUAUUAACUGGGUGAACAGGUUAUUUAAAAAAAACAUUUUGCACUUGGCAAGAAGAAAAGAUUGUUUCUAUUAUUAGCCUUGGACUGUAAACCUGUUUAAGUGUUUGUAUAUAGUGAGUAUUUUUUUUUUUUAAAGAAUGUACAUUCUGUAUGAAUUUGUCUGUCUUCGAAUUGUGCUGUGUGUUUUAUUCAACUAAGUAAUAAAUUAUAUUUGUCACUGA